AAUGGGAGGCGGCCUUGUUGAGGGCGGCGCAGCCCCGAGCGAGCCUGUGAGAGGGUUCAGCCAGGGCGCUGGUGCUGGUGCUGCGGCCGUGAGGAGACGCCGAGGCCGGGCCAGGCCAGGAAAAUGGCAUUUCGGAUGGAUGGAGGGCUUUCAUCUGCUUCUUGGCCUAGGCAUGAGAAUUCAGCUUUCCAGAAUUCCUAGUUCCAGAACACUUGAUUAGAAUAUUUCCAUAGACUACAGAUAAAAGAUCUUACAGAUGGCAGAUAACAGUAAAGCAGAAGAUGCUGCCUCAGAUUCAGUGGAAGCUGCUAAGGGUACAGGUGACAAAAAAGAAAAGUUAGCAGACCAGGUAAUGCAGAAUCCACAAGUCUUGGCAGCUUUGCAGGAACGGCUUGAUAAUGCACCUCACACUCCUUCCAGUUAUAUUGAAACCUUACCAAAAGCAGUCAAAAGAAGAAUUGAUGCCUUGAAACAACUACAGGUGAAAUGUGCCCAUAUAGAAGCUAAAUUUUAUGAAGAAGUUCAUGAUCUAGAGAGAAAAUACGCUGCUCUCUACCAGCCUCUCUUUGAUAAGCGAAGGGAUUUUAUCACUGGCUGUGCUGAACCUACAGAUGCAGAGGCAGAAUGGCACAGUGAAAAUGAGGAAGAAGAAAAGUUAGCUGGAGACCUGAAAAAUAAAGUAGUAAUAGAAGAAAAAGAAGCAGGAGCAGCUGAAGAGUCAAAUCCUAAAGGAAUCCCAGAUUUUUGGUUCACAAUAUUUAGAAAUGUAGAUAUGCUGAGUGAAUUAGUACAGGAAUAUGAUGAGCCAAUUUUGAAACACCUGCAAGAUAUCAAAGUGAAAUUUUCUGAGCCAGGACAGCCAAUGUCUUUCACACUGGAGUUCCACUUUGAUCCCAAUGACUACUUUACUAAUUCAGUCUUGACAAAAACCUACAAGAUGAAGUCAGAGCCAGAUAAAUCGGAUCCUUUUUCAUUUGAAGGCCCUGAAAUUGUUGACUGUGAGGGAUGUACUAUUGACUGGAAGAAAGGAAAAAACGUGACAGUUAAAAUAAUAAAGAAGAAACAGAAACACAAGGGGCGAGGCACAGUCAGAACAAUUACUAAACAAGUACCCAAUGACUCAUUUUUUAAUUUCUUCAGUCCAAUAAAAGUUUCAGGAGAUGGAGAAUCACUGGAUGAAGAUUCAGAGUGUACGUUAGCUAUAGACUUUGAAGUUGGGCACUUCUUUCGUGAAAGAAUAGUGCCCCGUGCUGUACUCUAUUUUACUGGGGAAGCUAUAGAGGAUGAUGAUAAUUUUGAAGAAGGAGAGGAAGGAGAAGAGGAGGAAUUGGAAGGUGAAGAAGAAGGAGAAGAGGAAGAAGAUGCAGAAAGUGAACCUAAGAAAGAUGCCAGCCAGCCUACUGAAUGCAAACAACAAUAAGGAAAUACCACUUCAGAGUGAUAUUUGAACAACCUGUAACAAACAUUUGGAUACCUGGCCUGCAGUUCAGGAUAUUCCAUUGCUGCAGCACAAUCUUAUUAACAAUGCUUAAAACUAAAUUGUUUUCAAAUGCAUGAUUUUCACUAACUUUUUUCUUAUUUUUGCUUAACUUGUACAGUGGCAACUUAAUGCAUUUGAGAAAUAUGAGGUUUAAUUAAAGCACACUCUACAGCCUUUGGUACACUGUAGCUCAAUUGUCUCAAUAGGCUUUCUGAUUAAAAAAUUUUAAAUGCCCUUCUGAAAAAACUUGCCCUCGGUACAAAGUAAUUCUUGUCUAAAUAUUGUGGAAUAGUUGACAUGAAAUAUAUAUUAAAUUAAUUAAAAUACUUAACAGUAAAAACAAAGCAAUAUGAUUUCUUCUAAAUCUUUUCCCACAUUAAAAUAUGUUUUCAGCAGCUUUCCAGUCAAAAUAGUGCUACAGAGCAGCUUAAAACAUUGUCAUCUCCAGUAAAGGUAAUCUGAAUUUGAAGUAACAUUUCCUCUUAUCUUCUUGCAAGGAGGUGAUGGUGGUUGAGAGAUCUUAGUUGUUCACCUUAUUUAUUCCUGUUUGUAAGUACUUUGAUGAACUAGUGCUUUUAAUAGUUUUAAAUAUACUUGAAGAAUAUUUUUCCUGUUUAUAAAAUAUGGGUACUUGUACAUGGAAAACUCAUACUCUACUCACAGAAUGAUUGUGUGUCGAACACUUCGAAACAACAAACUGGGAAAGAAAUGGGCCUCAUAAUCUGGUGAAAGUGAGUUCUGGCACUAAAAUGUAUCACUGAUCUAGUUUAGCCUACAUUACUAGGCCUUAUUCAGAUGAUCCUCCAGAUCUAGAUUUGGAAAAGUGGAGAGCUGCAGGUUCAUGCACUCCUCCCUCCCCCGUUUUGUGUGCAGCUUGACUUUUCAGCUUCCUGUUUAGGGGGAAACGCAUUCUAGUUCAGAGGCCAGUGACUUGCUAACUGACAUCACUAUAUGUUUGGUUUGACCUAAACAGGAAAGAGAAUGAUGAUACACUGCACUGAAAAAGCAUGGAAAGAUGGAACGGUUGGAAUAGUUUAUAGAAUAGUCUGAGCUGGGUCCAUGGGAGUAAUUUAAUUGGGGAAAUAUAAAUUAAAUCCUAAGUAAAUGUGUAGUUCUGAUACUUUAUUUGCAGUACUCAAAUCACUCUGUACCACAUUUCCAUGGUUUUUAAAGCGCCAAAACCCUUCAAAAGAUCUGUUCAGGAUUACAUUUAACAUUUCUUAACAUAAUAACGCCAGUCUCUGGCAACAGUUCAUUAGCAACUGUAUGAAUGCUGUUACCAGGCAUGUAGAGAGUGCUCCAGCCUUACCUUAUACAUUUGUAACUUAAUACAGUGUUUUCAAUUUGUACAGAAUAGUUAGAAUAUUCUAUUAAAGUUGUGAAACAUGAAA